AUGAAUGAAUACACUGCGGACGCCGUCGUCAAUCGCGAUGAGCCUAUCCCGGUAGUCUCAUUCGACAGUCAAAACCCAUCGCAGUCCAAAUUAGACAAGGCGAAAUCCCGUAUACCAGGACUCCGGCACACAGGCCAUGGCUCAAAGGGCGACGCGCAAUCAGGGUGGUCCAUACAAGACCGACUCUUUUCGAAACUUCUUCAACAGGUUAUCCCUUCGGAAGAACGAGACGGUGAAGAUGUAGACAAUGCCGACAAGCCCCCAUCAAAGAGCGUCACGCGACCGCCGUUCAGCCUCCCUGUCAUGACGAACAAUUUCCGUCGAUUCAAUGCUAGAAUUGGCAUCGCAUUUGUCUUCCAGGCGCGAAUGAUACAUCUCUUUGGCUGGAGAUAUCCAACUCAGACUUGGUCGUUCCUCGCCGUUUACUCAUUCAUCUGCCUCAAUCCGUAUCUUCUGAUUGUGCUGCUACCAGCCAGUGUAUUACUGUACAUUAUGGUCCCAGCUUUCCUUGCACGUCAUCCACCUCCUCCGUCAAAUUCAACUCUGGGGACGACUCCUUAUUACUCGUUUGGGGGACCAGCGUUGGCACCGGCCAAGACUAUCAAGCCCGCGAGCGAGACAUCGAAAGACUUUUUCCGCAAUAUGGGAGACCUGCAAAACUCAAUGGCGGACUUUUCAAAUCUGCAUGACGCCCUUGUUGCAUCAAUAGCACCCCUCACGAACUUUUCGGAUGAGGCUUUAUCGUCAACUGUGUUUUUGCUUUUAACUAUUGUUACCGCAUCCCUAUUUCUGAUUGCGCAUCUCCUUCCGUGGCGCCUCAUUUUCUUUCUUGGAGGAAAUGCGGCUAUUAUAUCCUCACACCCAACUGUACACGAAUUUUUAAAUCAGAUUCAGAGACAUAAAGAGGAACAAGUUCCUGAUCAAAAGAAUCAGAAACCCGCAAAAGGAGGAACAGCGCCAAAGCAACCUUCACCAAUAACUCAGGUUCUAGGCCCUUUGGCAAAUAUCUCACUUGAUUCUGCUCCGGAAGAGCGCGAAGUAGAGAUUUUUGAACUACAGCAUCGAUCUAUAUCCCAAUUUGCACCAUCUUCCGAGUGGGAAACGCUUUUAUUCUCACCUGUUCCAUAUGAUCCUCUAUCACCGAACCGCAUUGCAGGAGACCGGCCGCGUAGUUGUCGCUUCUUUGAAGAUGUCCAAGCUCCGUCCGGAUGGACAUGGAAAGGAAAGAAAUGGGAGCUAGAUCUCGAAUGUCGCGAAUGGGUCGUGGAGCGUAUGAUAACUGGUGUGGGAUUCGAGGUUCCAGGAAAUGGUACGUCCGGAAAUAGUGUUGAUGAGCAAAUCGGAGGCUGGGUAUGGGAUCUACCUCAAGUAGAGACUGAAGGCUCUGUAAACGACGAUGAAGUCAGUAUGAUGGCAUACGGGGAUUUACCAGACGCAUCGCCAUCCAAUGCAUCCUCGGUUGCUAAAGGCAAAUCAAAGGUGCAGUCAGGUCAAGGCCGUGACUGGGACGAGACCAUGCAAGCUCAAAGAGCCGGCUCAUGGCGACGACGACGAUGGGUCCGUGUCGUGCAUCGUGUCGGUAUGUCGGGUUCAGAGAAAGAAUAA